AUGGCUUCGCUCGCCCCUGGAUGUACCACCUGCCAGUACCUGAGCCAGAGAGUCGCUGAGCUGGAGGGGAGAGUAUCUGUCUUGCGCCAGAUCAAGGAGGACGAAGAACUCCUGGACUCCAUGGUUAUACAAACCACCUCCAAAAUCGACGACGUCACCUGCCCCUGGCUCGGCACCUCCACUUCUGGGGAGCCUGUGGAAGUGCCCAAGCACACUCAUCUGCGCUCCUUGCCUGCCACUAGGUCGUCAGUCUCAGCUGCUAGCCCCCCUCAACCUGCUAGGAGGCAGAUCACCCGGGAGAGGCCCCGUCAUUUACCCAAUAAACCCAUCUCAUCCUACUUUGGGGACAGUUUCUGCAAGAUAACUUCGAUCCAAGAUGUCUCCUCCUUUCACCUGUCGCUGCAGUUCAAGACCAGCCGACGAAGUGGACUCCUCCUCCUGGCUGCAGGGAUGCAGGACUACCUAUUCCUGGAACUCCAGAAUGGGAAAUUACAGGUGCGAAUGAACCUUGGGGCCGGUGAGCUGGUGCUGUCAUCAUCUCUGGGGCUUCAACUGAACAACCUCCUGGAGCACAAGGUGUCUAUCACGAUGCAGGAGGCCAAACUGACCAUGCUGAUCGAUGACCUCUUUUCCACUUUCAUCUCUGUGCCUGAAACCCAGGAGGACCUCAACAUUGACAUGGGGGUUUACAUGGGGGGCACCGGAGACUUAGACGCCCCAUAUCUCAGCAAUGCCAUACCUCCAUUCCGCGGUUGCAUGACCAAUGUCAAGUUGGAGUCCCAUCAGUUUGAUAUUCUCGACUCCGAGCCCAUUGACUGCCAUGAUACAAAGCAGUCCUGUAGCAGUGAGUUUGAGGUUGGUGAUGGAGAGGCGACCAGCUUUAUCAGCCCAGACUCAUUUGUGUCCUUCCCUACUUGGAGCGGGGCUAGUGGUAGUGAAAGGACCUUGGAGUUUCUCAUGAAGACCACCAUCGAGGAUGCCCUACUCACCUUCCACCCUGGACGAGAGUCAGACUUUAUAGCUGUUGGCGUUGUGGGCGGUUACCUAAAAGGUGUGGUGGACCUUGGGAGUGGGAUGGUGGUACUGGACAACCCCAGAGUACAGCUAGAUGAUGAUCAGUGGCAUAGGAUCAGAGUCACUGUAGAUGGGAGUGUGUUUGAGAUUAACGUGGACAGCCAGCUUGCCUCUAUCCCUCUAAGGGGCUCAGAGCGAUUGGAUCUAGUUGGCAAUCUGUAUAUGGGGGGGAUCCAGGGCAAGAUGAAGGAUGUGUUUCGUGAUAGUAGCUUGUCUCGUAUGGAGGUGGAAAUAACAUCUGAGUCUUUUAUCGGAUGCAUGGGAGAAAUCAAAGUGAACCAGAAGGACAGAAGCCUGCAGGACGCGUUGGUCACCAAAGACGUCCAUGUGAAAUGCGAGGGAGAGGACUAUGACUACUCAAGUUACUAUGAUUUGGAGGCAACCACAACUACGGCUCCUGUUCGGAUCCGAUAUGUCGACGCUGACCCUAAUGAAAGACAUUGCUACCCAACUGACGACACACCAGAGGCCUUCCGGAACAUUACAAAACUUAUUGAAGUCAACCCUUUGCUUGUGCCCGAGGGUGGGGAAGCUUUUCUCGAUAUUAACAACCUUAGCCCUACAUUUGACCUAAACACUGUGGGAAUCCGCCAAUCCCAGAUCAUCUUCACUCUACAAAGUGACCCUUGGUACGGACUCGUAGACAUGAACAUCAAUACCAGACGUACCAAAAAGUUUACACUCCUGGAUGUGGUCAACAAGAAAAUCAAGUAUCUCCACGACGGCAAUGAAAAGUAUGGCGAUCAGAUCCAGUUGGAGGUGGUUGCCCAUAGUAACAGUUACCUUCCAGGAUGUCUUAAAAAAAAACACCAGUACAUUCUCCCAGUGGAGAUCAUACCUGUCAAUGACACACCACAACUAAACGGAGGAGACAUUUCCAUCACAGAAAAUGGUCGCACUCGCUUAAAUCCCAACCUUAUCAAGAUUGUGGAUUCGGACACUCGCUGUGAUGAAUUGAUUGUCACCGUGACCUCAGAACCUCCCAGAGGGGGAAGCAACUCUUCCAUUGGGAUCCAGAACCUGGCCGUCAUUGCCACCCCUCGUAAUGGAGAUAUUGUGUUUAAUGUCACACAGGCUCUGAGAUAUGGUGAAUUGCAUGUUCUCACUAGCAAUGGUUUGCCCAAACAGGUUAAAAUGGCCCAAGUAGUUCCCCUUGAGAUUGAAGGCAAGGUAGAGCAAAAGGCAAUAAAACACACUGAACUUGAAGCAGAAGUGAAGGGGAAAAGUGUAGCCCCAGAAACUAUAAGAUACAUCCUUCUGAAGGCCCCCACACUGGGUACUCUUCAAAUGAUCGGCAGGAAGCUAGUUGAGGGAGACAGUUUCACCCAACAGGACCUCUGGAAUGCCCAGGUCAGCUAUAGAGUCCAGGUGCAAAGGACGGUGGCUAAUGAGGACCAGUUCCAGUUCAGAGUCUUUGCAGAGAAUCAGUACUCCCCUAUAUACACCUACCCAAUCAAGAUCCAGGCUGAUUCAGACGCCACUGUUUUGACUAAUGAGAGACUAAUUGUCUUGGAGGGCGGAGAGAAUAUUCUGAACAAAGACUAUCUAUGGGUUCAGACAUCCAUCUCGACAAACUUUGUUUACAGGGUGACACAAGACCCCAAGUAUGGCCGUCUCAUCAGGGAGUCCCCAUCUGGACAGCCCAGGUUCGACGGGGCCAUUAGAAUGUUCAGCAAUGAGGAUCUGAAUCUAGAUAGGCUGAUCUACCAACAUGAUGGCUCAGAGUCUAGCGAUGAUGAGUUCUCUUUCCUGGUAUUUGAGCAAGCAGCAGGAAGUGAAAACAUCAGAAUCGAUGGUCAAGAGUCUUUGAGCAGCAUGUUUAGAAUAUCUAUUCAGUCCAAGAACGACCACGUGCCUCUUAGAGUGGUUGAUAAAACCUUUAACGUGGUGCGAAAUGGACAACGUUUGCUGACCACAGAAGAUAUCCUCUUCAGGGACGAUGACUCAGGGUUCAAUGAUACCCAGUUGGUCUUUGUUCGCACAGGCAUUCUCUCAGGAAAUAUUGUCUCCCCAUCAGACCCCUCGCAGCCCCUCUUUCGUUUCACUCAAGCGGACGUGAAAGACCAGAAUGUUCUAUUUGUGCACCAUGGGGCAGACCGUGAGCGCUUCCAGCUCCAGGUUUCUGAUGGCCUGCAUAAGACCACAGCCCUGCUGCAGAUCCAGGCUGGUGAGGCCUACCUCCGUGUGGUGAACAACACUAUGGUUGUCAUGGACCAUGGAAGCACAAAGACGCUCAACACCAGUCUGUUGAGUGCAGAGUCCAACAUGGACAUAAGAGACGCCAGUGACAUUAGGUACCAAGUGACAUCACCCCCUAGUGAUGGGAAGAUCAUCGUGAGUGGGAUUGAGGCCUCUUGGUUCACACAGGAGGAUCUGAAAAAGGGUGUGGUGUCCUACGAGCAUAACGACCAGAGUCUGAGCUCCAAGGACUCGUUUGGCUUCACUGUGGAAGCGAAAGGAUUUUCUGAGGAGGGCACAUUCAGAAUAAAGAUCUUCAAGCAAGGCUAUCUGUCAGAGCCUGAGGUCAUCACCAAUGAGAUCAUCAUCUCCUAUGAGGGAGAGCACACCGUGAUUAACCAGGAUCAUCUUAAGGUGGAACAAGCAGACAUCCUGCCCUCUGAGAUGGUGUUCACCAUCAAGGAGCCUCCUCGUCUGGGCCACGUGGUCAUGCUGACCAACCACUCGGACAGUACGGCUGCGCCCAUCCUCGACUACAUCCACUCCUUCACCCAGGAGGAUGUCAACAGGGGCCGCAUCCUCUAUGUCUCUGCCUCCAUCCAGGGCAGUGACGUCUUCGCGACUGACGUCAGCAACGGGUUCACCACCGUGGAUGACCUCCGGAUGAUGGUGAACAUUGUGCCUCGCCUCAUCCCCAUCCAGGCCCUCAACUUCAGUGUGAGGGAGGGCGGCGGGAUGGCCCUUACCACUGAGCUCCUGAAUAUUUCUCACCCUUUCUACAGCGCGGUCAAUGUGGACUUCGUCGUGGAGGAGCCACCGCAGCAUGGGGGUAUCCGCUACUUGGAUGGUGACGAACAAGAGCUCACCUUCUUUACCUGGGAGGAGGUGAAACUUGGACACAUCUACUACUUACAUGACAGCACGGAAAGCGGCGAGGACAGUUUCACACUCUCUGCCUCAGCCUAUGAGAUAGAGCGCCGCAGCCUCCCCGUUACCUUCACUGUCACCGUCUUCCCGGUCAACGAUGAGGCACCUAAACUGACACGCAACACAGGACUGGAGGUUUUAGCUGGAGAGGAAUCGGACAUCACCACCAGCAUGUUGAAUACAGAAGAUGCAGACACCCCCAUCAACGAGUUGGUUUAUUCCAUCGAGUCAACCAUCAAUGGGUUGGUGGCACUAAAGGUGGAACCUGACGAAGAAAUCCAGAACUUCACACAGGCACAAAUUAACAAUGGGGAAGUCGUCUUUAUCCAUGAAGGUCUGGAGUCUGGAGGCUUCAGUUUUACCGUGACAGACGGAGAGCACACCUCUCCUCUCUACCGCUUUGUCGUUACGGCUAGACAGCUCACCAUCACCAUGGAAACCGGGGAGGAGCUAAUGAUCUUUCCAGGAACAAGACAUGCCAUCACCAGUGCCAUUUUGAAGGCAGUGACCAAUGAGGAUGGAGAUGAGAUAAGCUUCUCAUUGGUCAGGCCUCCUCGCCUGGGAAGACUGAUCUUAGCCAACGACAGGAACCAGUUUGAAGAGAUCACACGCUUCUCUCAAUCAGAGCUGGAGUCCGGGGCCGUCUUUUACGAGCACCAGAUGCCUGAGGAGCCCUUCUGGGUGGUCCGGGACUCUGUGGAGCUCCUGCUCUCCUCCCCUCCGGCCCCAGCUGUGCAUCACGUCCUCCCCAUCACCGUGUCCUACUACGCAGCCAGCCACAAUGUCUCCUCACAGCUCUGGAAGAACAGAGGCCUGGACAUAGUGCAAGGUCAGAGGAAGGUGAUUGACAGUUCCAUCCUGGACGCCUCCAACCUGCUGGCCAGCCUCCCCGAGGCGGAGCGAGGUCUCUUGGACGUGGUCUUUGAGGUGCGCCGCUUCCCAGCGCAUGGGAGAGUCACCCUGGGGGGCCUGGAUCUGCCCCAGGGUGCCCCCUACUUCAUGCAGAAGGAUGUGGCGCAGGGCGAGCUGGAAUACCUCCACGAUGACUCUGGAGCCUCCGUGGACAGCUUCUCCUUCCGAGCCCGGCUCAACUCCCAGGGCCGCGCCACCCUUCCCCCCUCCCCAGCCCAGGCAGUGGUCCUGGAGGAGGUCUUCAACAUCUCGAUCCGGAGAAGGGACUCUAGUCCUCCAGAGCUGGUGAGUUUGGACGUUCUUCUGGAGGUUCUCCAGGGCUCCAUGACGGUGAUCACCCAGAAGUACCUCAACACCCGCGACGAGGACAGCACGCCCGACGAAGUGCGCUUCACAGUCUCCAAGGCGCCCACCAAUGGGCGGCUGGUGGAUGCCACCAAGGGCGACCACAUCUCCACGUUCACCCAGGAGGCGGUCAACCAGGGCCAGGUGGGCUUUGUCAGUGACGGAAGCCUGUUGGACGGCUUUAUGGAGUUCACUGUGUCGGAUGGGAAGCACCACACCGAGCCGCACACUCUCCAUGUAGGAGUCCUGUCCCGGACGCUAGUGCUGGCCAAAGCCCCAGAGAUCCAGGUGCUGCAGGGGGACGACGAGACCCUAGUGACAGAGGAGAUGUUGAGGGCCACCACAGGUGGCCCCAAUGAGGAGGAAGUCCUCUACAAGAUCACCAGUGUGCCCAAGUACGCUGCCGUCAUGGUGGACCGGCAGCCCACGUCGGCCUUCACCCAGACCCAGAUAAGGGAGGGCCGGGUGAGCGUUCGCUUCAUCAAGUCCACCUCGCCCCGGGACAGCGUGGCCUUUGUGGCCCGGAGCCGGGCAGCCAACGUCUCCUCUGUCCUCAACAUCACGGUCAAGCCUCUGGCCAACAUCCCCCAGGAACUCCUGCUGCCACGGGGUGCCACCGUGCUGCUGGACAAGAAGCUGCUGGAUGCCACGCCGCUGGCCAACAAGACCCGGACAUCUCCCACCUUCAGCGUGAUCCAGCAACCACAAGGCGCCCGCUUCGUGAGGGCUGGCGGGAGAGGGCCAGAGGGAGACGGCCAGCCCGUGGACACGUUCACCCAGAAAGACUUGGAUGAGGGACGUGUAGCCAUGGAGAUCCUGAAUGGAACAGGAGGCAGCCAAGCCCAGGACGUGGCUCGCUUCCUGCUCAAGGCCCAUGGGGUCCCUCCCGCUGAGUGCGUUCUCUCCUUCAAGACGACCCCUUACAACGCCUCAGAGGUCUACCCGGCCACUCUCCUUAAGGUCCCUGCCGGGUCUGCGUGGUCCAAUAGCAACGACCUCCCUGGAGGGGCGGGGUCCCCACGCAUCACCCCAGCCAGCCCCCGCUGGAGGGGCAACAUGGACUGGCCUCAUGGAGGAGAUGCCCCCACCACUGCCUACACUGACAAAGACUCCCAUAGGAAGCCAGUGUUGUCCAGGAGGAACAACCUGUGGUCCAUCCUCGUCCCCAUUCUGAUCCUCCUGCUCCUCCUCCUGCUGGUGGCCAUCUUGGCUUUCUACUUGGUGCGUCGCAACAAGACGGGCAAACACAAUGUGCAGACGGUGGCUGGCUCCAAGCCCAAAAACGGAGAGAUCAGCCAGGAGACCUUCCGGAAAACCGACCCGGCCAAUAACAUCCCCAUGUCCCAAAUGGACUCCAAAGACGCCGACCCGGAAUUGCUGCAGCACUGUCGGACAACAAACCCGGAGUUAAAAAAGAACCAAUACUGGGUAUGA